AUGGUAUCCAACGCCCAGGGAUCUCCCGUGAAGGCAUUGAUUGUUGAGGACAUUCGAGUUUGUGCCUUCGUUCUCUCUGCGAUGUUACGCAUGUUUAACUGCGAGAUUGUUGUGGCUAAUAAUGGGAAAGAAGCUCUGGAUUUUUUCCUUGAAGGGAAGAAGUUUGACAUUGUUUUGUGUGAUAAGAACAUGCCCAUAAUGUCUGGACCUGAGGCAGUUAAGAAGAUCCGUGCUCUGGGAGAAACUGAUGUGAUGAUUGUUGGGGUGUCAGCUGAUGAGAAUGCCAUGGAGGCAUUCAUGAGUGCUGGUGCCGAUGUGUUUGUGGACAAACCAAUGAAAAUCGAGACUCUCGGGACUAUGAUUCAGGAGGUGAUGAACAAGAAGAACGCCAUAAUCUAA